AUGCCAAGUGCCAAUUCAGACUGGUCAUUAUCUAUGGCUACUGGUGGUAAGCCAGUUUUCUUGCCUUAUUCUCAAGCAUCAGCAUCCGUGUACUCCCUGGAUGGUAGAUACAUCAUUAUUGCAUUGGCUCAUCAAUUACGAGUUUAUUUUAUUUCCACUAGACAAUGUAUCAAAACUAUUGACUUGAAUUUGGAAGACUUGGUAGAUAUAAAAUUAGAUGUUACUAAUAUGAACCAAGUACUAUUAUUUAAAAGUUCAGGAGAAUUGGUCACAGUUAAUUGGAAGGAUAAAGUUUCACAACCAAUUGUAUCCAACAUAAACAUCAAAUCUAAUUUACCUAUUUUAUCGGUCAUUUCAGUAAAGCAUUUAUCAUUUAUUAUUAUUACUGGUAGAAUCGACAAGAAGAAAAAUGGAAGCUCACCACAUACUCGUUACAUUAACUAUUUUGAUAGAAAUCAGGAAACUUUGACUCCAAUAAUUGAAGUUAGUAACUCUAUUAACUUUGCUGUUUCUUUAGAUAAUUCUAAAAUUGCUUUUGUCACCAGUGACAACGAAGUUAACUUGUUUGAUUUAUCUGAUAUUUACAAACUUGACAAUAUUGAAAACUUGAAAGAUGAUGACAUUUCUAAUGAAAUAAUCCCAUUUGUUUAUAAGUCAGCAAUCACCGCUAUUGCUGUCUCCAAUGAUUCCAUUGUCGCACUUGGUACAACAUCAGGUCCAAUUCAAAUAGUUUAUGGUGGUUUAAUUACACCAAAACCACAAAGGGUCUUGAAAUGGCAUCUUGAUCAAGUUAAAAGUUUAUGUUUCACCGAAGACAACAACUAUUUACUUUCAGGUGGUAUGGAAAAAGUAUUGGUUUUCUGGCAAUUGGAAACUGAGAAGAAACAAUUCUUACCUCGUUUGAAUGGUACCAUUGAAAAGAUUUCUAUUGAUACUCACAAGAAUGAUUACAUUUCAUUAGAAUUAAGAGUUGAUAGCAUUGAUAACAUCCACGAAAUUUUGGUUAUAUCUGCCAUUGAUUUGGUUUCUAGAUUAUCUGUAAACACCAUUCGCCCAAGAUUCGCUCACAAUAUCAAAAACACUAUCAACAAGACCAAGAAGAAGUAUACUAAAAAUUCGUCUGAUUUUGAUAAAUUGAAAAUCAGAUACGACUACAGUUGUAACUUUGAAAUCAAUCCAAAGACCAAAAACUUGUAUUUCCCAAAUGAUUCCAGUAUCCAAGCUUUUGAUUUAUUCAAGAAUGAACAAGUAUUCAUUCAACAUGCUGCUCCAGUCUUGAAUGUCGGUAAGGUUAGAUCAGAAACAAAAUUAUUGGAUCCUCUGGUCACUCUAUUGAAAUUUACUCAUGAUGGUGAAUGGAUGUGUACAUUUGAUGAAUUCAAAAAUACUGAAGUUGAUGAUUUAUUAUUGAAGAAUGAAAAACAAUAUGCUUUAAAAUUCUGGAAAUUCAUUGAAAAUAAAGACAAUACUUCAACUGCUGCUACUCCUGGUAAUUCAAGUAAAACUGGACAUUGGGAAUUAACUACCAAAAUUAUAGAUCCUCAUGGAAAUAACCCAAUAUUAUCCAUGAUUCCAGCUCCAACUUCAUAUUUCAAUGGGUUGGCAUUUUUAACUGCUGAUAAUAAAGGUGGUUUAAGAAUAUGGAGACCAAGUUUCCCUAAAGAAGCUUAUAAAACCUCAUCACAAAGAUCUCAACAAACUGCAUGGACAUUAAGAAAAUCAAGAUCUCCUGGUGCUUUAUCUUCUGAAGCUGUUGCAUUAAGUUGGUCAGAUGAUAGUUCUUUGAUCUUCUUGGGUCAUGAAUGUACAAUAACUACAAUCAAUUCCAAAACCUUGGAAGAUACUCCUGAUUUUAAAAUCCCAUCAUUAUCAGGUUCCAGAGUUAGAUCCUUGAACCUUGUUGAUAAUAAUCUUGUUGUUUUAUCCAAGACAAGAAUUUCCUCAUUUGAUUUAAUUUCUGGUGAAUUGACUGGUUUGGUUGCAAAAGUGAAUACAACUUAUGGUGGUAAAAAUUUAAUUGCCAUUGAUCCUGUUAAGAAAUUGAUCUGUUUAGCAUUAAAUUAUUAUGAUACUACCGCCACAGAUAAUAAUGAUAAUGAGAAAUUUACUAUUAAAUCAAAAAUCUUAAUUUUUAAACCAAAUCAAUUGAAACCAAUAUCUGUUCAAUAUCAUGAUACUGGAGUAUCAUCAAUCCGUUAUUUUAAUUCAUCAUUUAUAUUUGUUGAUUUGGAUUGUCGAGUAGGAACUAUUUACAAUAAUGCUACUGAUGAUAUCACUGAUGCUGUUGAAAUUGGUUUAACACAAGAAAUCAACAAUAUGCUAAUAACUGCACAAGCAACUGCUGAUGUAAUAAACGAUAGAAAUGUCGAAGUUAAAGUUGGUAAGCAAAAUAAAGCAGAUGAUGGCAUGGAUAUAGAUGAUGGAUUACAAUAUAGUCAAAAAGUCAUUGAUCUUCAUACUUUCCAACCAAUUUUCCAAAAUAUCGAAGGUGUUCAAAUUGAAUCAUUGUUUGAUCGUAUAGUUAAUGUACUUAAAUAG